UAUCAAGAGUUUAAGCGAGUUUUGAAGAUCCUGCACAUGGUAGAAAGCUCCUCUAUAAUAUAGAAAAACAAGUACGAUAGGACAAUCCCUCUGGCUCUGGCUAAGAAUCAACCAUGUCUUUUGCACAUAGUUGAUAAUGAUAUAACCAAAAUAGAGAACCCAAGAAACUUCCCAACAGCCAUAAAACUGACUCCAUUUAUUGAAAAAACUUGUGUUAUUCUUGGUUCCUAUGAAGAAGCUCUUUAACCAUAAUCAACAGAUUUACGAGAAUCCAAUUUCCUCCAUAGCUCAGCUAGUCGGGAUAAUCAUUUGCCUACAUGCGGCAGCAAAGACCACACAUAGAGCUCAAAGUGUUGCAUCAGUUGCUACCAAAUGGCAUUCUUUAGUUACUUGCACCUCCAGCGAUGUAGGAAUGGCAGCUAAUAGUGGAAAUUUGCAGGCUGCCAAUGUGGCCAGCUUACUUCGUGUAAAUUACUCAGAAAGUGAUCUUGAAUCGGUUGACUAUGUGCCAAUACCUGCAUACGCACAAUCAACUUCUUCAUAUCACAAGAGACAAGCUUUUGUAACAUAUUUGCAGUCCAACCCUGGCGGUUUUUCUGUUUUUGGAUGGAGAAUUGACCGGACACUCAUCAACACCAUCUUCUUUCUUGAGAUCUCACUUGUGCUUUUUGUACUUGGGAAGACAAUAACUUGCACUUAAAAUUAGAAAGGAAAAAAAUUGCAAACCCUCCUAUCUGUGAUUUUCUGCUUUCAUUUAGGUAUGGGUUGUUACAUGUAUUGGUUAGUUCAAUUAGCAUGUAUGUUUAGGCAUUAUUAGAUUGUUGGCAAAGGAUGUUGAUGAUGCAUCAUUCGCGUUAUUUGUAAAACCUGUAUACAGUAAGCUGUUCUUUGA